UAUAUCGCUCGCUUAUCAUGUAAGGCCACUUCAUCGUGUUCACUUACAAACUUUCUAUAAAAGUCAAGACAUGGAAGGAUUCGUUUUUCUCCUUCUAACUUUUGCGUUAGCAGUACAAGCCCCUCAUCCUGACCACCACCAUGAUCCGGGCCACCCACCUGACGAACAUCCUCCUGGCCCACAUGCUCCUGACUGUCACGGACCUGAAUGCGACCUUAUAAAUCAUGCCAUUAACGAUAUCGGCAUGUACUUUGAUGAACACCUGUGUCAUGCUUUCAUUCAUGUUGAUUGUUACAACCAUGUAUUACCUAAUGAUGAACAAAUCUGUGCAUCAGACGGACAAACGUACGAUAAUCAUUGUUUCUAUGCCAAAGCUCGAUGUGAUAGAGUACUUGAUAAGCGUAACUACUACAACGGCGCGUUGACAAACCCUCUCUUAUUGAUAAAUCACGGGCCCUGUGUAUCGCCAAAUGCGCAAGUGACAACAACAACAGUCCAGUCAUCUACUUCCGUUCCAUUAACCAUGUCCCCCGCUACCACAGGAAGCAGAAGCACGGUUUGGCAGCCAACAACGCCGUUCUUUACUAUCACUGCUCCGGCUUCAGCAACAUCCGCAACCACCACUACGGUACAGCCAAUUAACAACGUACUUGGAACUGUUUUCUGUCAGUACAGAAAUUCCAUCAACUGUGGCUCCGCUUUAGCUGUGGUCUGCGGUUCAAAUGGACACUUUUACCCAAAUAAGUGUGAGCUCUUGAAGCAACAGUGCGAUGAUCCAACUCUGAGAGAAGUGGCUGGCUCAGCAUCUUGUUCAUUGUCUCCAUGAACGGUGUUCACGGUAUUCGUCGUUACGUCGAAUUUCUAAAUUAGUUUGAAAUAAAGACUCAAAAAUGGUA